CAAUAUAGCAGUCUCACGUGGUUCAAAAUCGAAUCGCCUCUAGCGCUCAUUUUCUCCCCUUCAUCGUGAAUCCAAGGAUUGCUCCGAAAUACUGCUCCAAAAUAACUGUGUGCAUUAUGCUCUCGUCGGAGCUUAUUAUGGCACACUUUCUUCCCACUUCUGCUUCUUCUGACUCUUGAAAAUUUUUCGGUUUUAAUCAGUGCGGAGAAAAUGCAGUCCCAGGGACACUUCAGUCAGUCUCGAAGUGUCAUCGGUGCCUUGACAAUUUUCAGUCAGUGACGUUUUCAACCCUGCUACUUUGUGUAUCGGGCUAUUUAAUUUUAGAAGCCAAUUACGAUUCAGGAUUCAAUCUGAUAGUGCUGCUGGGCGAUUAAUAGUAGCCAGAGGAAUAGACCCCAGGCUAAAAUGGAGAAAAGCGCGGACGGAAUAAUGUUUCGCGCAGAUAGAAACAACGGAGACGAGGACGCGGUGAUGAGCCUCGUCGGGGCAGAAGAGCGAGUAGCGAUCCUCGACGCAGGUGCUCAGUACGGAAAAGUCAUAGAUCGAAAAGUACGUGAGCUCAAUGUUCACAGCGAAAUUCUGCCUCUGGACACACCUGCAUUCACACUCAAGGAAAAGGGCUACAAAGCCAUCAUUAUUUCCGGGGGUCCUAGUUCAGUCUUCGCUGAAGACGCGCCUCGAUACGACGCAGAUAUCUUUCGAAUAGGAAUUCCAGUUUUAGGAAUUUGUUAUGGAAUGCAAAUGAUGAAUAAGGAAUUCGGCGGCACCGUAAUCAGAAAGGAAGGCCGAGAGGAUGGUCAAUUUCCUAUUGAAGUUGACUCCAAGUGCCUUCUUUUCAAGGGCUUGGAGAAAGAUCAAAUAGUACUUCUAACCCACGGAGACAGUAUAGAUAGGGUAGCUGAUAGCUUUCGCACUACCGCCAAAUCUUCGAAUUUCAUAGCCGCUAUAACAAACGACAAAAUGAAUUUGUAUGGUGUGCAAUUCCAUCCCGAGGUCGAUCUCACAGCCAAUGGGAAAACAAUGUUGCAUAAUUUUCUGUUUGGUGUCGCUGGAUUGACGGGAAAUUACACGUUGCGAGGUCGAGAGUCACAAUGCAUUCAGUACAUCAAAGAAACGGUUGGAAACAGCAAAGUUCUGUUGCUGGUAAGUGGUGGCGUGGACUCGACCGUAUGUGCUGCGCUGUUGCACAAGGCGUUGAAUAAAGAACAGGUGAUUGCUCUUCACAUCAACAAUGGGUUCAUGCGGAAAAACGAGACGCCACUCGUGAAACAGAGUUUAGCUCAAAUCGGUAUUAAGCUAAGGGUAGUGAAUGCUGCGCACAAUUUCAUGCAAGGUUCGACGACAGUGCCCUCGGACAUCAUUCCCAUAAUGGCCAAUACCAAUGUAAUAAAUAGUAAAGGAAUCACCGCAACAGGAAUUGGUCCACCCUUCAGAAUGACCAAAAUGUUGUGUCACACGACAAAUCCGGAAGAGAAGCGCAAGAUAAUAGGCGAUGUUUUUGUACGAGUAGCUAACGAUGCUAUGGCCGAAAUGGGCUUGAAGCCUGAGGAAGUCUUUCUUGGACAGGGAACACUUAGGCCUGAUCUCAUAGAAAGUGCCAGUGCUUUAGUCAGUGGAAAAGCAGACGCGAUAAAGACGCAUCACAACGAUAGUGAAUUAGUGAGGGCAUUAAGGUCGCAGGGACGAGUGGUGGAGCCUCUGAAGGACUUUCAUAAGGACGAAGUCAGGCAAUUGGGAUGCGACCUGGGAUUACCCGCAUCGUUAGUUUCUCGUCAUCCUUUCCCUGGUCCCGGGCUUGCAAUUCGCAUUUUGUGUGCGGAUGAACCUUACAUGGAUAAGGAUUUUUCUGAGACGCAGGUCAUAGUAAAAAUAAUGGCAGAGUAUGAACAAAUGCUGCAAAAGAAACAUGCUCUGUUGAAUCGUGUCGAGGGAGCGACUAGUGAAAGUGAACGACAGCAUUUACGAAGAGUUUCGAGUAAUCGUCACAUUACAGCCACGCUUUUGCCGAUUCGUAGUGUAGGAGUUCAGGGCGAUCGUCGUAGUUAUAGUUAUGUGGUGGGUCUUUCGACUGAAGAGAGUGGCGGAGACACAGUUGACUGGGAGGAUUUGCUCUUCCUGGCGAAGCUGAUUCCACGAGUCUGCCACAACGUGAACCGUGUCUGCUACAUUUUCGGGCCGAUAGUUCAGCACCCGAUCACAGACAUUACACCGACCCACCUCACUUCUAAUGUAAUAGCAACACUCAGACAAGCGGACAAUCUGGCCAAUCAGAUUCUGGCCGCCAAUGGCUACAUGGAGGCUAUAAGUCAGAUGCCUGUAGUUCUUAUUCCUGUGCACUUUGACCGGGAUGCUGCCAUACGAGCGCCAUCCUGUCAGCGUUCCGUAGUCCUCAGGCCGUUCGUAACACGUGAUUUCAUGACUGGCACUCCAGGAAUUCCUGGAAAUGAGCUGCCGCUGCAUGUGGUGAAGAAGAUGGUUACGGAGAUAUCAUCGGUACCCGGCAUUUCUCGCGUGCUGUACGAUUUAACGUCGAAACCACCUGGUACCACCGAAUGGGAGUAGUGAACACUCAUUAAAAACUCAUGCCCGACUCAUCUGUUUCUAUUUUUUCACCACCCUCGCGCGUAACGACUACGAAAAGUGAAGAAAAAAAAAGAA